GCAAAAAGACCCACUGUUUUGUUUCUGUACUCCGUACAAACCAUGCAUUGACACCCUUGGGUAUCGAUCCAUCAACCGGUGGGGCGGAAAAGACAUGAUCGCUCUCCGAUGUUUCCACGCACUCAUCCUCAUUCCCUUGCUAGCCAAAGUUCCACUAUGUUGACGGAUUGGACGAUGUACAUAUCAUCAAUCUCGGCUCCCAUUCGAAAUUUGGAAGUGUCCACUGAAAGUCCUAGAAUCGUGCAUGAUACUCACAGUUCAACGGUUCAACUGGCUGCAAUGCUUGAUGAACCCCUGAGUUUCAUUUACUCAUACGUGGUAUUGUGCGGGUUCGAAUCUGCCAGUUUAUCCGUCCUUGCCAUCAACCAUGUGGUCGAGAACCGUGGUCUUUCCAUAUACAGUAACUGUUUACCUGGCAUGCAGAAAAAUGAUGCUGGAAAUCCCAACGAGACGGAUAUGAAUGUUUUGAAGCUCUUUGCGUCCAAUACAACCCUAACAUGCAAUCCACACCGAUGAGUGAUCUUGCCACUGCGGUUUAAUUUGUUCAAGGGUUGGCGGCGGUAUUCUGUAUGUGAAGCAAAUUUGGAAUUAGUU